AUGAAGAUUGGUUGGUAUCAGCAGCGGAACCCAACUACGGAGUCUGGGAAGCUGUUCGCUGCGUUCUUCGACCGCAUUCUGUGGUCUCUGUGCGUGUCCUGGGUUACAUUUGCCUGCUCGACGGCGAGAGGAGGCUGGCUGGACGCAUUCCUGUCGUGGGACGCAUUCGCACCUCUGAGUCGCCUGUCGUUUGGGGUCUACCUGGUUCACUCGCCAUUUUUUCUUCUCACCUUCCACAUCUCAAGAGAACGCAUCUACUUCUCGCAUUUCUUCAUAGUGACGCUCUUCUUCUCGGCUCUCGUGUGGUGCUUUUCACUCAGCUAUCUGCUGUUCAUCUCAUGCGAGGCUCCCGUUGGACGAAUCGACAAGCUGCUAUUCAGUUCCCGCUCGCGAAAAGCGGAUGUCACUGAUGUUGCGAGCACAAAUUCUUCCAACGGCCCCGAACCUACCUCUGUCAUUCCGCACAAAAGCACCGACAUCGUCUGCAGCGAUUUUGGGCCACCGCAAUGCGUGGCGUCGGAAAAGAACAAGGUUUGCAUCAUAAUCAAUGGUGACACUGUCUGUUACCAUUUGUGAACUGUGGACAAGAAAGUGUGUAGGAGGUCAACGUACUGACGAUCGAGCAUUUGGAAAAGCCAAAGUGUAAUUGAGAAUUAAAGUUGACAGGACAGUUCAGA